AUGAUACUGUUUUGUACCGGCGUUCAGGUACAUUCACCAACUUCGUCAGCUGAGUUGCAGUAUGAUCCAACUUUUGUUUUUCAGUUGGCAGAGGACGACGGCUUCCCUUCGCACGGGUGCGCAAAAUGUUGCCAGGAUAUUAGCCUUGCGUACAGAUUCAUCCACAAGUGUCGCAAAUCCGACACACGCUUGCGAACGCAGCCACUCGAUGCAGAACUGUCCGAAGCUGAAGAGUCGGAUGUGUCUACCGUGGGGUCUGAGGACGCAAAGGAAGAUAUCGAUUAUAGCACAGAACCGCUGGUUCUCAGGUCUAAACUGUUCAAAGUGGAAGCUUUACUUGACCCGCCGGAAGACCUGUGUUUCGCCGGCAGUUACGAAGAGCUCGAUAAUGGCGACGAUGAUAAGGACGCCAGCGGUACAGUGAUCUACGCUACUGAGUACCUUGAGGAAGAAAGCUCUGAUCGAGAGGUCCAGACUGAUCAGCGGUCUGUCUUUUGCUGUGACUUCAACUGCGUACGCCAGUUCAACACCCAAACGGAGCUUAGACGGCACAUGGCUGUCGAGCAUUCGAUUGGUGGAGAGGAGGCAAACAGUGAUACUCUUCAUCGGUGUAGUAAUUGUGAUCAACGUUUCGAUGAUGCUGAAGCGCUUUCAAUUCAUUUAAAACAACUACAAUUGAAGCAAAGCAUUCUGGACACUGCACAAACGGCCCGUCAACAAGUGCACCCCAAUCUGUUUAAUGCACCCGUGAAGAAGUGUUGCGGAUGCCUUCAAUCGUUCCAAUCGUUAGAGGCGCUGCUGCAGCAUACCGAGCAACAGCACUCGAUCCGCAAAAUGGCUCGCGACCCAAGCAGGCCGGCGCAGUGUGAAAUUUGUUACAAGCUGUUCCGCUGCCACCCAAACAUGCGCUUCCACCAGCGGGUGGUCUACCAACCGUGCAACUAUCGAUGUGACCUCUGCGACCGACAAUUCACCACGGCCAAUAAGCUGUCGAGGCAUCAGAUCACGCACGACGAGAACCGCAGGUUCGGGUGCGUCGUUUGUGGGGCCACCUUUAAGGUAGAGCAGAAUCUGAAAAUGCACUCACUGGUACACCAAGAGGAGAAACGGGAAGUGUGCAAAACAUGUGGGCUGCGCUUUCGGCGGAAAUCGAAUCUACGCAUGCACCAACGCACGCACAGCGACACGUACUAUCACGCCUGCACGCACUGUCACCGGAAGUACAAGAAUAAAUCGCAGCUCAGCGAGCAUUUGAAGGUGCACACGAAGGAACGACCAUAUCCGUGUCGGUUCUGCGAGAAGCGCUUUAUGUAUUACAGCGACUGGAAGCGCCACGAAACGGCGCACACGGGCCAUUAUCCGUAUGUUUGCGCGUGCUCGAAACAAUUUAUUCGCAAAAACCGAUACACCCAGCACGUUGGCAAAUGUAAGGCUAGUAGUGUUGAGGCGCUGGCGCACAACGAAACGGGGAUACGGGAAUAA